AUGGAAUGCUCGACACCGGAAGCUCGCAAGGUAGCUGUCCAAGGCAGACGCGGAUAUGCAUGCACAUUCUGCCGACGUCGCAAGUUUAAAUGCGACGGACGAACGCCGUGCAAGUCUUGUAUCAAAAGCAAGCAGACGUGUAACUACGACAAUAGUGCUCACAGGACACCGACUCAGCUCCUACAGGAUCGCAUAGACGAACUACAGAAUAAAAUAAAUACUAUCGAGUCCAGUCGCAGAAACUCUCCUAGAAGUCCACCGACCAGAAGGCAACAGAGUGUUCCCUCUCAGAGCAGGUUCCCCAUUACCAACAGUUAUAGUGAGGGGGAGUACGUGUUCUCUUCUAGCGAGUACUCUACACCCGGACCAUCCCGCUCCCUUUUCGUUAGCCCAUCAAAUGCGCCAUAUGUGGCUGACUAUGUUACCUCGGAUUGCUCAUCCUCUUGUUCCUCGUCUUACGGCGCUGCGUUUGGGGUUGAUGGGAAUUAUCUUCCUAAUGCUAUGGCUGGCUCCACCUCAUUGUCUGGUAGUCCAUCAACUGCUUGGGAUACUCCCGCGUUUGAGUCAGGAUCGCCCCAGUUGGUAGAGCCACAAGCCAAUCACAUCCUUGGGAGCGAUGGAAGCAUUUCUCCACAAUUGGCGGAACAAAUCAUGUGGAACUUCCUGGCCCACCGAUUUCGAUGCGGCCUUGAACACAUUGACAGGCUUCAACAGCACAAUUUAAAUACACAGCGACACCCUGCACUACUGUCAGCGGCGUACUUGUUGGGCUGCUUUUUUUCCUUAGACGGAUCACUCGCUGGUCUAGAGCCUCUGUUCAUCGAACGGACACGUCGGGCCCUUGAAGAUGCAAUUGAUCUUACACAAGAUUUUUCGUACUCUAUUGAUUACCUCUUAGCGAGCGUCAUGCUCGCGUUGUACUACUACUUCAAGGGACGGCUACUAGAGGGAUAUCACCGGGCUAUUAGUGCAGUUCGGUUCGCGGUCAAUCAUGGGUUCCACGCCAUCGCACCCCUUUCUAUUGGCACUUCGAACAUGCAAAACAACGUUCAUGCCGCCGCUGUGUACAACCAAAAGGAUAGAGUAUGUGCUUGGUGGUUCACUUUCUUUAUUGACCGAUGGGGUUCUCUCCUCACCGGCCUUCCCUGUGGCAUUGCGGAUGACGAUAUCAAGACCCCCUGGCCGCAGACACUGGAUGAUAUCAUUGAUCAGGUUCAUACUAAUUCGGUGCCAUCACUCUAUUCGUCGGGGUCCGAGGUGCCCGAUCGUAUAUCAAGCCCAUAUUACGGGUAUGCCCUCAAAGCGCUGGCUCUCCUCGACCGGGCGUCAGUACAAGCUAGUAGUGCCCACACCACUCCACCAGAGAUCUGGGCAGCGAAGCAUACAAGCAUAAAGAACGCCAUCGCACGUUUCGCUAAUGAGAUAGAGGCAAUUCGGGAAACGACUAAUGUAGGAGACGGAGCUACGCUGUCUCUUGUGUACAUCAUUGUAUACGCGGCCACUUGUGCAUUACAUAUGCCCUACAUUCGACAAUGGGCGCAUGACGACAGCCGCACUUCUGAGCGCAAUCAUCUCCGCUCAAUAUGCAAGGAUGGAGCCUCUACAGCCACGGCCAUUUUGCGCAACCUACGCGAGGUAACCGCGGUUGUGAUCCCAGUGUGGCAGGGUCUACCUCUCGCGGCAUUAUGCGAGUACCUGCUUCAAGAGCGCGACGACCUGAUCGAUGAAUUAGAUUUCGCCGAGCAGGCCGAGGUUGACAAACAAUUGGAUGAGAUGGUGGGGUGGAUGCAUGAUAUGCGUGGUACAUUCCCCGUACUGGGAAUGCAGGCCGAUAAGCUUGAUACAAAGCGUAGAUGA